AGAAUGUGAAGAAAUUUUCAUGGUAGACAAAGUCUGUCACUCGUCGUAAGCGACGAAACCAUCAGCUCUGCAGCUCUGAACUGAAGCAGCAAUUGACAAAAUCAAGAGGCAUCAGAAACAAAGAACGACACCAUGAGUCAGACAUCGAGUUCAUCAUCUUGCAGGGACGCAGUGUGUAUUUUCUAUGCAGUAGCAGAAGUGAUCAUCUGUGUCCUGGGUUUUGCUGGAAAUGGCUUGGUGAUCUGGAUUACAGGAUAUAAUGUGAAAAAGUCAGUCAUCAGCAUCUGGUACCUGAGUCUGGCUGUGUCUGAUGUCAUAUUCUGCUCCACGCUGCCCGUCAGUGUCAUCUAUGUGGUCAAUAAAGACUGGCCAUUCGGGCUCUUCAUGUGCAAGUUCAGGUCUUUCAUUUUGUGGCUCAACAUGUACAGCAGCGUCUUCCUCCUCGUCAUCAUCAGUGUGGACCGCUGUGUGCUUGUUAUGUUUCCUGUGUGGGCUAAGAAUAAGCGCACUGUAAGGAAGGCCUCUGUGAUAGUUGUGCUAGCUUGGAUCAUUGCAGCAGCAUGUAGCACACCAUCGGCUGUUUUUCGAGUCAUUCGUCACAAGCAGCAAACAUGCAUCUACAAAUAUAAUUUUAAGAAAAAUUAUAUUGCCACUGUAACAUGCCGAUUUGUUUCUUCAUUCGUGAUCCCAUUCCUGAUCAUUUUCAUCUGUUAUGUUGUCAUCAUACGAAAGCUGAAGUCCAACCAGAGGGUGAAGUCCAAAAAGCCCUUUAAGAUCAUGACUGUGCUGAUUGUUACUUUCUUGAUCUGCUGGCUACCAUAUCACACUGUUCUUUUGAUUAAAUUACAUGAGAAAUAUGAUUUAUUGAUAACCGCCCAGCGAUUUUGUUUCAUUCUUGUUAGUGCCAACAGCUGUCUGAACCCAUUUCUUUAUGCAUUCAUGGGGAAAGAUGUUAAGGAGCAAUGUUACGCCAUUCGAUCAAAGAUUGAGAACGCAGUCAAGGAGGAAGAGGACCAGAACACCAUCCAAGAGACAGCCAUUACCACCUCAGGUGAAAGUCAACAUUCAACUAGUAUUUAAUUAGCAUCAAAAAAGACAUCUUAACUCCUAAUUUUACACAAACAAAUUGAGUGCAGUUUAUUUUUUUUUA